AUGGCUACGCAGGAGACGGUGCCGAACGCCGCCGCCCAGCCUCGGAGGCGGAGGCCGCGCGUCCUGGUCGCCGCAUCCGGCAGCGUGGCGGCGAUCAAGUUCGAGACCCUCUGCCGCGGCCUCGCCGAGUGGGCCGACGUCCGGGCGGUGGCGACGGCCUCGUCCCUGCACUUCGUGGACCGGUCGUCCUUCCCGAGCGGCGUCGCCCUCCUCACCGACGCCGACGAGUGGUCCACCUGGCGGAAGAUCGGCGACGAGGUGCUGCACAUCGAGCUGCGCAAGUGGGCCGACGCCAUGGUCAUCGCGCCACUCUCGGCCAACACCCUGGCCAAGAUCGCCGGCGGGCUGUGCGACAACCUGCUGACGUGCGUGGUGCGCGCGUGGGACUACGGCAAGCCCAUCUUCGUCGCGCCGGCAAUGAACACCUUCAUGUGGGACAGCCCCUUCACCAGGCGCCACCUCGACGUCGUCGCCGAGCUGGGCGUGUCAGUCAUUCCUCCGGUGACCAAGCGGCUGGCCUGCGGGGACUACGGGAACGGCGCCAUGGCAGAGCCCUCCGAGAUCUGCAGAACCGUCAGGCUCUUUUUCGGAUCACAAGAUCGACUCUGAACACCUCUGCAGCUCAACUGAAGUUCCCCCCCUCAUGCAAUUUGAACACCCUGCAGCUCAACUGAAAUUCCCCCUUGGUGCGAUUCGUUUGGACUUGUACAUAUAUAUCGUUCUCGCCAAGUUUUUCCAUUCCAAUCUUUUGCUGCUAACUGUGCAUACCGCACAUGU